AUGCGAAGUUUGAGUGUUUCCAAGGAAAUGAUUACAAUUGCUGUAUCGGGAUGUUUUAUGGGUGCAAUUGGUGUGGCUAAAUAUUGUUAUGAAUAUUAUUUGAAUUAUAGCACUUGGUGGGUUUGGGGGACUGCCACGUGACCUAAGCUAUGUUUGGCUUAGGCUUAGUUAGGCUUAGGCUUAGUUAAGCCUAAGCUUAGUUAGGCUUACGCUUAGUUAGCCUUGAGCCUAGUUAGGCUUAGGCUUAGUUAAGCUUAGGCUUAGUUAGGGUUAGGCUUAGUUAAGCCUAAGCUUAGCUAGGUUUAGGUUUAGUUAAGCUCAAGUCUUAGUUAGGCUUAGGGCUUAGACUAGCUAAGCUUAGGCUUAGUUAGGCUUAGGCUUAACUAGGCUUAGGCUUAGGGUAUCCCACUUAAAGGGGGUAUACCCUAUUGUCUCUCGUGCAAAGUGUGAUACAUCAUUCGAUUCAGAAUUUUGUGUUAUAUAUGCACAAAAAAUUUUAGCUCUCGAAACGCAUUCCAAGUACACGAUUUUUGGGUCCAAACAGGACCAAAAUCUGCUCGAAAUAAAAAAAAGAACACACAAGAAAGAGAGACGCAGACUCUCGCUGUCUGCCAGCCAGCCAGCAUGAGGGUUGUUUUUUCUUCUUUUUUUUACUGUUUUUUUUCGAAUUUUGUGUUCAACAACUACGGUAAGUGUGAAUAUACUGUAAUAAAAUUAGUAAAAACAACACACAUGCUGGCUGGCUGGCAGACAGCGAGAGUCUGCGUCUCUCUUUCUUGUGUGUUCUUUUUUUAUUUCGAGCAGAUUUUGGUCCUGUUUGGACCCAAAAAAGUGUACUUAGAAUGCGUUUUGGGAGCUGAAAUUUAUUGUGCUCAGGGAAUCACGGGCGAGAUCUACGCGAUUCGCGGGGGUCCAGCGUUUUGCGGAAACUCCGCGGUGGACAUUUGCGAAUUGCGCAAAUUUAGCGAAGUGACUCGGUCGAAAAUAUUUUGUCGCGAGAUUUCCGCAAAACGCAGAAAAGUUUGCGUUUCGCGUGAAUUUCGCGGGCUGUCACGACAAGAGUGCAGAGAUAUGAAACACGUUUCAGCGAUAUGAGUCGUGCGCGUGGAUGGUCAAGUGGGUAAGAGGAAUGUGUGCGAGGCGGAGAGUGUCGGAUCGAGGCCGGCCGAGUGAGUAUGAUUAAAAGCGAUUAAUUGUGUCUCGCGGCGCCUCUACUUUUUGAUUUUUGAGAGAGAACCGCGAGAUUUCCGCGAUUCGCAGACAGAAAACCGCGAAAUCGCGGUGUUCGCGGCGAUUUCGCGGAUUUCUGGGUCCCGCGAAUCGCGUAGAUCUCGCCCGUGAUUCCCUGAGUAUAACACAAAAUUCUGAAUCGAAUGAUGUAUCACACUUUGCACGAGAGACAAUAGGGUAUACCCCCUUUAACUCAACUUUUUGCAGCACAAAAGAAGCCACUUAUUCAUUUCACAUCAUAAUCCUCUAUCACUUGUUAUUUUUCGGCUACCUGAAUCAAAUUAUCAUUUGGUCAAUUGUUCAUAUCACAUUUCACCAAGCUCUUAUGGUGCUCAAAAUUCGCUAUGGCUUGUGAGUUUCUUGGGAUUUUUUUUGAAUCUGGAAUUUUUUUAUUUCAGAAAUCCGGACAAAUUUCGAUGGAAGUUUCAAGUCUUUAUAUUUAUUGAUUUUUGCAUUUAUGGCAUCAAUCAUUUUUUGCGAUUUUUUGUAACGGAGUUGUAUGAAAUUGAGGCUCCGGAAGGGUGAGAGAAAAUUGUAAUUCCAGAUUUAAUUUUAGCCAAAAAAUCAACUUUUUCCUCAGAAUUUCAGCUCGAAAAUGUUAUUCUUUAGUCUGGAAAUUACUGGUUUUCAGAUCAGAUUUUCUCGAUAGUUAUAAUUAGUUUUUAGAUCAACAUUUCUAGAAUUCUAGAUCUCUAAAGCUGAAAAAUUCUAGAUUUUUUUCAGAUGUUCUGAAACUGCCUACGAUUCAAGAAGAACUAUCAGCCAAUGCAUAGUUCGAUUAUUUCUGUCGAUUUCUGCAAUUUUUGGAGAGGUGAGGAAUUUUAUUUUUUGAGCCGAGAAAAUUCAAGCCGAAAAAUAUACGUUUCAAAAAUAUUUUAUUCCAAAAUUGUGGAAUUUUGAAUCACUGAUCAUAACUUUUUUGAAAAUCUGUAACCUGAAAAAUCCACGUGGCAAAACUAGAUUUUCUGUUAUAAAAUAAAAAGUUCUAGAGUUCCGGGAACUCAAAGCUUGAAAUAUUACGCUCAAAAAAUUUUAACCAAAAAAACUCAACCAGAAAAAAAUACGUUUCAAAAUUAUCUUAUUUGAAAAUAGUGGAAUUUUGAAUCGAUAUACAACUGUCAAACAUUUUUUCAAAAAAAAUCUGAAACUUCAAAAAAUCCAAGUGGCAAUUUUGAAUCAAAAAUUCAAAACUCUGUGAAAUCUGAAACUCAAAUUUUCGGACCGAGAGCCCACAUUUUUUUCUGAAGAUAUUUUCGAGUCCAAAAAAAUUCAACCAGAAAAAUAUACGUUUCAAAAGUAUUUUAAUCGAAAAUUGUGGGAUUUUGAAUCAAAGAAUCUAUGAGCCUUAAAAAAUCUUCAAAUUUUCCAUAUUUUCCAGGUUCUCCCAUGCACAUUGCUCAUAAUAUUCUGCUCAAUUCUAAUUUUCGAAAUCAACUCACAUUCCUCUCCCGACGCCUCUUCCUCAAUCCACUCAAAUUCCCGCCAAAAAGCUGCUCGAGCUCUAAUCCAAUUCCUGAUUUUCUACUUCCUCGCACAAUUUCCACUAUUCCUACUGUAUUCUCUCGGAUUAUACAACCCCGAAGACUUUUCGCAACUCGAUGAUUAUAUUUAUUUGCAAGUUGAUUGUUUGUUUUUUGCAAAUAUGUCGAUUGGAAUUUUGGUGUACUGUUUGAUGAGUUCGGAAUAUCGCAAAACUAUUUGGAAUAUUUUUGCGGUCGAGCAGAAUUUUUUGAGUAAUAGUACGGUUGUUGUCAAACCUUUGUCACAUUUUUGA